AGAGAUAAGGGGCUUUUGAGCAAACCCCAGGGAGCGCCACCCACCCCACCCUGAAGUGCAUGCUGAGGCUGCUUCUCACAGCUGAGAAGACUAAGCUAAUACUCUAGCAAAGUGGCUUCACAUGUGCUGGUGGUUUCCAGCACCUUGAGGCAGAGAACCUGCCUUAGAGUCCCCAUCCUCCUCUCUCUAGCUCUGUGUCAUUGGGCCCAGCCCUUCACUCUCUUGAACUGGAGUUUCCACCUUGCUGAAAUAGUUCACGGGAGGGAGGCUGUGUUGCCCUAAGUGAAAAAAAGCAUCUGCUAACUCUCUACGCCACGAAACUAGUUUCCAAAAGCUAAUUACUGUCAUCAUCAUUGAGGACUUGGGAAUCACUAUUUCCAUUAUUUUCUUGAUGGGAAAGGGAGACGCAGAGGUUGAGCACCGGCCAGGAGAACACACAGCUCAGACCCUAUAGAGGUGUAGGUUUAGCUGCACCCUUCCUCCUUACUGGUCCCCACUGGUCAUACCAAGCCAGGUGGGUGAACUGAGAGUCCACAGAGACGCCCAGCACAUCGCAGUCCAGCUUGUGGAACUCCUCGGCACGCUCACUGAAAGCGAUGAUCUCCGUGGGGCACACAAAGGUAAAGUCCAGCGGGUAGAAAAAGAGGACCAAGUAUUUUCCUGGGGAAGGGGGUGGGAAUAGACAAGGAGUUAGGGCUCAGUCCCUCUAAUGCCUGUGCCCUGCCCCCACCAGGGCCCCCUCCAGGCCGCCCUCACCUUUGUAGUCUGAAAGCUUCACCUCCUUGAAGGCGCCAUCCACCACGGCGGUGGCCUGGAAUUCCGGGGCGGGCUUUCCGAUGUGCGCGUAGCCGGAGGUCAUGACUGAAAGCCGAGACCCCCGCCCGGUCAGUGCGCCCUGGACGACCCUUUGUCCUCGCUUCCCAAGGUCACGCUGCGUACCGGGCCCAGUUACUGAGUCAGAGCGGCGGAGGCAGCAGCACUGCCUCGCACCUUCUCCGGGACCAGGUUGGCACGGCCUUGAGACUUUGGGAGACCCGCCCCCCUGGACAGCUAGAGGGGCCGGGCAGCUGCCGGCCGGCCCCCAGUUAGCGUGUCGGCCUGAGCGCGGUCGCGCAAGCCCACCGCCCCAGGAGGAGAUGCCGCGAGCUGGGGGCGGGGAGCCUGGGGAUGCGGCCUGUACUCCAAGGCUCUGGCCUCGUUUUUCCCCGCAAGGACAAAGGCGGCCACUACGGCGGGCGGAAAACAAAGGCGGCCAGCGCUGAGGUCCGGAUAGGGCCCAAGCUGCUCCAAGGGGACUCCCCGCAGCUCGAUGCACUCCAGGUGUCCAUACCUGCGUGGGAAAGGGCGGGACGCACAGACUCGCAGACGCACAGACUCGCUUUCGUAGGGCGAAGUGUGCCCUGGGCCUUGGAGCCUUUUAUAUUAGGCCCGAACCAUGACGCCUAGCGCGGAGGGGUGGGCGGACGAGCGGAACGGUCGGGUCCACUGCAAGCGCAGGGGAGGGAAAGAGGAGCCGGUCGCGACCACUUGCCCGCGGGCGGCAGGGGGAGACGCGCAGCCGCCGGCCCCGACCACUGCGUCGGCCCGCGGGGGUGAUGCGCGGGGCUCCUCUUUGGCGCGAGCUGGGGUCGGUUGAGUCCGGCAUGGCCCGGAGCGGUUUGACACUACUGUUGCUGCCUCUGAUACUCCUGCUGCUGGCAACUCCUGCCCAGGUUUCCCCCGACUACCAAUACUUCGGCGAGCAGGGAGAAGGGGACACCUGGGAGCAGCUGCGGCUGCAGCAUCUGGAGAAAGACUUGGAAGACUCUGCCCUUGGCCCGUGGGGAAAGUGGCGCUGUUUCUGCGACCUGGGCAAGCAGGAGCGCAGCCGCGAGGCUGUGGGCACAGCGCCGGGCCCGGUGUUCAUGGACCGCGAGAAUCUGGUUCAGGUGCGGCCCUGCCGGCAACGAGAUUGUUCAUCCUGCGGGCCGAACGACUGCGACUGGAGGCCCUGAGCCCGGCCCCGGCGGGCGGAGCUCCAGCGACACCCGGGCGGAGCUUGGAAAGCGACCCCGCCUAUCCAGUUCCCCAACCGUAGAGCUCGGCUGUCAGACUCGGGAACUACAAUUCCCAGGAAGCUGCACGGCAGCGACGUCGGCGU